AUGACAGUUACGAAGCCGACGGUCGGAGGCGUCAGGAUCGCCAUUGGUACGGACUUCAAAGAUGCUCAUCGCGGAGGCACAUUCACUGAUGUGUGGGCGAGUCUGCCGGGAAAGCCUGACGUCGUUCUAAAGCUGUUGUCUGUUGACCCUGGUAAUUAUGAUGAUGCGCCAACUGAGGGUAUCCGACGCGUCCUCUCGCUGUACCAAGGACGGGAAAUACCCCGCGGGGUUCCUCUUCCGAAAGAUGAUCUAGAAUUUAUCCGAAUGGGAACAACAGUAGCGACGAAUGCCUUGCUUGAAAGGAAAGGAACCAAACAUGCCUUUCUCGUCACGAAGGGCUUUCGCGACUUGUUGAAAAUCGGCUAUCAAUCCCGACCGCGCCUCUUUGAUCUAAACAUCGUUAAACCCGAUGUCUUGUACGCCGAUGCCAGGGAAAUUGACGAGAGAGUGACAAUUGAGGGGUUUGAUGAAGACUUGGAUGGUUUGUUCAAGUCGGACAACGAGAUACCAGGAGUGCUCGUGAGGGGCUCGAGUGGUGACAUGAUCCGCAUCUUGAAGCCUCUCGAUGAAGCUGUUGUGAGACAAACACUUCGAGAGCUACGAUCUCAAGGCUAUGAUACUGUUGCAGUGUGCUUGGCACAUUCCUAUGUUUUCCCAGCCCACGAAAACCGAAUCGAAGAAUUGGCUCUAGAGGAAGGCUUCACCCAUGUGUCGUGUUCGUCUUCCGUGGCAGCCAAGAUGAUCAAGAUGGUGCCCCGUGGAGGCUCUUCGUCAGCUGAUGCGUAUCUCACCCCUGAGAUCAAGAAUUAUCUUAGCGGAUUCUCAAAAGGAUUCCAAGAUGGAAAUUUGGAUGGUGUGCGUUGUGACUUCAUGCAGUCAGACGGUGGUCUUGUAAGUCACGACCGUUUCAGUGGCCUCCGAGGUAUUCUUAGUGGACCUGCAGGCGGUGUUGUGGGCUAUGCUCGCACAUCUUACGACGAUCACACAAAGACCCCAGUUGUUGGUUUUGACAUGGGAGGAACCUCGACUGAUGUUUCUCGGUACGGCGGAAAUUUCGAACAUGUCUUCGAGAGUAAUACCGCUGGUGUUACUAUCCAGAGUCCGCAGCUUGAUAUCAACACCGUUGCCGCUGGAGGUGGUUCCAUAUUGUUCUGGCGAAAUGGUCUAUUCAUAGUAGGCCCUGAAAGUGCUUCAUCGCAUCCAGGCCCUGCAUGUUAUCGAAAGGGAGGUCCUUUGACAGUAACGGACGCCAAUCUAUUCCUAGGAAGACUCAUUCCUCAUUUCUUUCCUAAGAUUUUCGGUGAGAAUGAAAAUCAGCCACUUGAUGUGGAGAUAGUGAAGAGGAAAUUCAUCGAGCUGACCGACGAGAUCAACCGUGAUACUGGAAAAUCACUCUCUCCCGAAGAGGUUGCCUGUGGUUUUCUUGAUGUUGCCAACGAAGCCAUGUGUCGACCCAUUCGGGCGCUGACUGAGGGUAAAGGAUAUGACAUUGCGAAUCAUAAUCUUGCUGUUUUCGGAGGUGCAGGUGGUCAGCAUGCUUGUGAUAUUGCCAGAACACUCAAGAUAUCCACAAUAGUCAUCCACAAGCUCUCAAGCAUCUUGUCCGCAUACGGCAUGGCGCUUGCAGACGUAGUUCAAGAAGCACAGGAGCCUGUUAAUGAGAGAUACAACGAGACGUCUCGUGGUCGGCUGGAAGAACGGCUUUCUAAGCUUGGAACCGUUGUCCAGGAACGACUGAUGAGACAAGGCAUACGAGAAAAGAGUAUAACAUGCGAGAUGUAUCUCAACAUGAGAUACCAGGGUACAGAAACCUCGAUCAUGGUCCUCAAACCUGCCGACGGUGACUUCAAGAACGAGUUCAAGAAGAUCCAUCUGCGAGAGUUCUCCUUCGCCUUUCCCGACGAAAAGGCAAUCUAUGUCGACGAUGUGCGUGUCCGGGGCAUAGGUGCAAGUGAGAGAGAAGACUGGGAGGGAGAACAACUUGGAGAACAAUUGCGCACUUUGAACUUCCAACCUGCCUCUUCGAAAUUGGUGGAGCGUAUGACCCAAACACUUGUUGUGGUGCCGGGUGCUGUAGCCAAGGUCCUCCGCUCCCAUGUUAUCAUUGACAUUACUUCUACUUCCACUGCGACUAUUGAGCAACCAACUGUGGUCGAUCACAUCCAGCUAUCUGUUUUUGGGCAUCGCUUUAUGAGUAUCGCGGAGCAGAUGGGUCGUGCUCUACAGAAAACAGCAGUUUCUCUAAAUAUCAAAGAGCGACUUGAUUUCUCUUGCGCUCUAUUUGGACCUCAAGGUGAUCUGGUUGCCAAUGCUCCUCAUGUGCCUGUUCAUUUAGGGUCUAUGAGCUACGCAGUCAAGUACCAACAUGAACUGCACAAAGGCAAGCUAUCACAAGGGGACGUCCUGGUAGCCAACCAUCCGGAAUCUGGAGGCAGUCACCUUCCAGACAUAACCGUCAUUACUCCGAUCUUUGAAAAGACAGGCUCGACCGUGGCUUUCUACGUUGCCUCAAGGGGCCACCAUACGGACAUUGGCGGACUGGGUGGUACAUCAAUGCCACCUAAUUCCACCGAGCUCUGGCAAGAGGGAGCAGCUAUCCGGCACGUCCAAGACAACAUCUCAGACCUGAAGGCCCAGGUUGCAGCAAAUCAUAAAGGCAUGGUGCUGGUUCAGGCUCUCAUUGAGGAAUACACUCUACCUGUGGUGCAAAUGUACAUGGGGGCCAUCCAGUCCAAUGCGGAGCUGGCUGUGCGUUCCUAUCUUCUUGAUACACUCUCCAGAUUCGGGCCCCAUCUAUCAGCCGUCGACCAAAUGGACAACGGAACGUUAGUCAAACUCACUGUGGAUAUAUCCAAAGAUGGCUCGGCAACCUUCGACUUCACCGGCACAGGGGUCGAAAUGCUAAGCAACAUCAACGCACCGCCAGCAAUCACCCACUCAGCAAUAAUCUACACUCUUCGUCUCCUUAUCGGCACCGACAUCCCACUAAACCAAGGCUGCUUAUCGCCGAUCAAUGUGAUCAUCCCGAAAGGAAGCUUCCUCAACCCGUCAGCUGGGCCCGCCGUCUGUGCUGGUAACACGCAGACCUCGCAGCGCGUGGUCGAUGUGAUCCUACGCACUUUCCGUGCUGCUGCCGCCUCACACGGGUGCAUGAACUGCAUUGGGUUCUUCGGGGAGGGCGGCACCACCAGCACCGGUCAGAAGCUUCAAGGCUACGCGUAUGCAUUUGGCGAGACAAUUUGCGGCGGCUCUGGUGCCACGGCGGCGCAAGACGGCGCGUCAGGUGUGCAUACCCAUAUGACAAACACGCGCAUCACAGACGUGGAGAGCCUUGAGAAACGGUAUCCGGUCAUUCUGCGCGAGUUUGCUAUCCGUGAAGGGACAGGUGGCAAAGGGUAUCAUCAUGGUGGAAAUGGUGUGGUCCGCGAUAUCGAAUGCCGGGCUCCCCUGAGUUUCAGCGUUAUAACAGAACGCCGAAGUGUGCCUCCAUACGGAAUGGAGGGUGGGGAUGAUGGUGAGCGUGGCGCGAACUACUGGGUGAGGAAGGUGCAGAAUGAGCAUGGGGCCGAUGAGUGGCGCUGGGUUAAUAUGGGAUCGAAGAAUAUGGUCCGCAUGCAGGCGGGAGAUCGAUGUGUGGUUCAUACGCCUGGAGGAGGUGGAUGGGGCUUUACUGGGGCAGCUGGGGACUCCACUGGGCAUGUCGAGGGCCGGGGCCAGAAUACCUUGGUCGGAUAUCCAAGAGCAUCCGGCAGUGUGAGCGCCUAUGAUACUGCUCAGCAAGCAUCAAACUAG